GAGGAGAUCCUACGGGGCAGCAACCAAAACAUGCCCAGCAGGGCGCUGACGUUCAGUCAGCUGGGCGCCGCGACCAACGAGUUCAGCGAGAACAACCUGCUCGGAGAAGGUGGCUUUGGAAGGGUGUACAAAGGCCGCCUCGAGGACACCAAAGAGGUUAUUGCCGUGAAGCAGCUGGACAAGGACGGUUUCCAGGGCAACCGCGAGUUCCUCGUCGAGGUGCUGAUGCUCAGCCUCCUGCACCACCCGAACCUCGUCAAACUCCUCGGCUACUGCACAGAUUCCGACCAACGAAUCCUGGUCUACGAGUACAUGCCCAAGGGCUCAUUGGAGGAUCAUCUCCUCGAUCUGCCUCCGAACUGGAAGCCUUUGCCGUGGCACACGCGGAUGCAGAUCGCAGUGGGCGCGGCGAAGGGCAUCGAGUACCUGCACGAGGUGGCCAACCCGCCGGUGAUCUACCGCGACCUCAAGGCGUCCAACAUCCUCCUGGACAGGAACUUCAACGCCAAGCUCUCCGACUUCGGGCUCGCCAAGCUUGGACCCAUCGGCGACGAGAGCCACGUUAGCACCAGGGUCAUGGGCACGUACGGCUACUGCGCCCCCGAGUACGCCAUGACCGGUAAGCUCACCAAGAUGUCCGACAUCUACAGCUUCGGCGUCGUUCUGCUGGAGCUCGUCACCGGCCGCCGCGCCAUCGACACCGCGAGGCCGUCGGAGGAGCAAGUCCUUGUCCAGUGGGCGGCGCCACUGCUCAGAGACAAGAAGAGGUUCGUGAGGCUGGCCGAUCCAUUGCUGGGCAAGAGGUACCCUGUGAAGGGGCUGUACCAAGCGCUCGCGGUUGCAUCCAUGUGCCUGCAGGAGGACGCCGGCAGCAGGCCGGUGAUCAGCGACGUGGUCGCGGCGCUCUCGUUCCUCUCUACGGCCACGGCCACCGCUCCGGCCCCCACCCCGGGCUCCAUACUCAACCCGUCCUCCCCGAGCACACCCCUCACCUCGCGGCAGAAGACCCGCCUCGCCAUAUCCCUCCUCAAGUCCUCCCCCCCGCCGCCGCCCGACCAGAUCCUCUCCAUCUGCCGCGCCGCUGCGCUUUCCCCGGACACUCACAUCGACCGCGUCGCCCUGUCUCUCGCCGCAUCGAAGCUCUCCUCCGCCCCGGACUCCCUUCGCGAACUCGCUUCCACCGUUCUCACGCCCCGCUACGCUCCCCACGCCAUCGCGCUCUUCGGCCAGGCCGGCCUCCUUCCCGACGCCAUCUCCACCUUCCAGUCGUCCCCCUCCACCCGCUCCCUCAACGCCCUCCUCUUCGCAUGCAUCGUCUCCGGCAACCACACUGAGGCCGCCCGCAUCUUCCAGACCUUCCCGGACGCACAUGGCGUCAAGCCCAACACCGAGACCUUCAACGCCAUUAUCAAAUCCUUCGCCGAGUUCGGCACCAUAAGGUCCUUCUAUUCGGUGUUCGACGAAAUGUGCAAGAAGGGCGUGAAGCCCAACGCCACCACGUUUACCACCGCGCUCGCUGGUUUCUACAAGGAGGAGCGGUUCGAUGACAUAGGGAAGGUGAUAGAGCUCAUGAAGAAGCAUGCAUGUGGUGAGUCGCUGACAGUGUACAAUGUUAGGGUGCAGAGUUUGUGCAAACUCGGUCGGAGUGGUGAGGCAAAGGCAUUAGUGAACGAGAUGGUGAAGAAGGGCACAAAGCCAAGUUGGGUGACUUACAACCAUUUGAUAUAUGGAUUCUGUAAGGAGGGGGAUUUGGAGGAAGCAAAGCGGUUAUACAAAGAGAUGGGGCGGAAGGGGCUUGUUGGGGAUAGUAAUUUCUAUUUUACGCUCAUUCACUACCUUUGUCAGGGUGGCGAUUUUGAUUCUGCCCUUGGAGUAUACAAUGAGAUAGCAGCUAGGAAUUGGGUGCCAUGCUUCUCGACCAUGAAGAUGCUUGUGAAUGGGCUUGCUGGCAGCUCAAGGAUCGAUGAGGCAAAGGGGAUUAUUGAGAAGAUGAAGGAGAAGUUCCCUGAUAAAACUGAUGGGUGGAAGGAGGUAGAGGAGGCAUUGCCUCAAUAGAGUACAGAUCGACCAUCUUGCAGGACUUCAGAAUUUGAAUUUUUCAGAAACAAAAUUGUGGCCGUUUCCUUUGUGAUCCGGUGGCUAGACCUCUCGAAGGAGAUGUGGUCGUUUCUACGACCAGUGUUGUGGCGCGUUGGAUGUAGAAGCUGUUGGACCACAACUGGCUAGGACCAGGCCAUACUCAGUGGAGUUCCACCUCUCCGACGCGCUCUUGGAGGAGCUUGGUGUCUCUGUGCACGAUUACCAGGUGGUCAAACACCGUUUGGAAGACUUCCUCAUUGUCUUUAGCAAUCGUCGGAAGCGAGAUGAGGUUGUUUCUUUGCGCGGUCUAGUGUACUGCGGGAGAAACUUCCGCUUCGCCAAUUGGACUGAGCGGAGGUAUGUGGAGGGCACCCACUUCAACUUCCAUGUUCCCAUGAGGAUUGAGGUUCUACCGGCCCAUUGCUUCUUCGAGGAGAUCACCGCUCAGAUCAUCGGCAAGCGCAGCGCCAUCCAGUAUGUGGAGGAGCACUCAUGCAGAAGGGAGAGAACCAGGACUUACGACCCCUUGGUGUGGUGCAAGAACCCAAGUUAGAUUCCAAUAAUUGUUUGGCUCACCGUCCUGGAGGGCGACCGGGAGUUGCCUUCGAUCGACAAUCCACUUCUUCAGGUGGAAAUCCGCUAUGAUGAGCCAUCUGGGCCCAAGAGGGGACAUACCUACCAGUGCUUCAUCCAUUUGGAGAUGGUUCACGACUUGGCUUUCCUCACUGAUAAUCCUCUGAGGGGGUCGGGCAACGAGAGGCGUUGGGAGUGCAUUCUGGAAUGGAGCUACGGCAUGCCAGAUGGUGGCAUGGUCGCUUCACUUGCCCCACCACCAAGGUUGUGCUGCAGUGACAAUGGGCCAAGGCGGGGCUGUGAGGAUGAUGCGGAUGAAGAUCAAAACAGGCGGGGUGCGCGGAGGCACCGUAUUCGUUCCCUCUGGUCCCGAUUGUUUAGGCCAUGUUGGGAUUCGAGGGAUUUCAUCAGGGGGCAUGUUGACCGAGGCUACUAGGGGCGUCGCUAGGACGACUAUGGUCAUCGUCGACAUGGGUCCCUAUCCCCAGAUGCAGUCUGAUCUACAAUCGGCAAAAACAAGAGGGGGGGGGGGGCGCCAAGAGGACUACUUCCCGAAAAGUUUGCUUCGCUUGUCCCAUCGCGUCAUACCUGGCCUAUGGAACAGGUGAACAGAAGAGGAACAAACCCUCUCAGAUGCUGGAUGAUUUGGUUUUGAUUGGGCAGAUGGAGCGCGUCUUAGUCAAGAGUUUUAACCCCAUGCUAGUAUGAGUGUCCUUUGUCUAU